AUGGCUGAGAUCACCAAGGAGGACGUGGAGAAAUACCUAGUAAAUAACCCCCAGUUUGCUAAGGAGUAUUUUGACAAGAAGCUGAGGGUGGAGGUGCUGGGAGAAGUCUUCAAAGGCAGCCCAGCCUCCAUCCAGAAGAGUACCUCCUUUAAUGAGAUGACCCAAGUAGAGGAAUCAGCCUUGAUCUUUGAGUUGUUACAGAACAUGCAAGAUGAAGCAGCCAGCAUGGAGGCAGUGGUACACAAGGGUCUGAGGAGGCUGUGCCAGCUGCUGUCUGCAGACCGCUGUAGCAUGUUCAUCUGCCGAUCACGCAAUGGAAUUCCAGAGGUGGCGUCGAGGCUGCUUAAUGUCACCCCAACCUCCACACUGGAGGAGAACCUUGUGUCUCCUGACAAAGAAGUUGUUUUUCCACUAGACAUCGGGAUUGUGGGUUGGGUCGCUCAUACUAAAAAAUCCUUUAAUAUUCCGGAUGUAACCAAGAACAGCCAUUUUUCUGACUUUCUGGAUAAGCAAACUGGUUAUACCACUAAGAAUAUGCUGGCAAUGCCUAUCACGAUGGGCAAGGAGGUCCUCGCUGUAAUGAUGGCUGUGAACAAAGUCAAUGAGCCCGAGUUUACUAAGCAGGAUGAAGAGGUUUUUUCCAAAUACCUCAAUUUUGUUUCUUUUGUUCUAAGGCAGCACCACAUGGCAUACCUCUACAGUAUUGAAUCUCGAAAAGUUCAGGUCCUUUUAUGGUCAGCCAACAAAGUAUUUGAAGAACUUACAGAUAUCGAGCGACAAUUUCACAAAGCCCUAUAUACCAUUAGAGCCUAUUUGAAUUGUGAAAGAUACUCCAUUGGCCUACUGGACAUGACCAAAGAAAAGGAGUUCUAUGAUGAAUGGCCAAUCAAGCUUGGAGAAGUACAGCCUUACAAAGGUCCAAAGACACCAGAUGGCAGAGAAAUUAUCUUUUAUAAGAUUAUUGAUUAUAUUCUACAUGGAAAAGAAGAGAUCAAAGUCAUCCAGACGCCUCCUGCAGAUCACUGGUCUCUUGUUAGUGGCUUGCCAACAUAUGUUGCUGAACAUGGAUUUAUUUGUAAUAUGAUGAAUGCACCAGCAGAUGAAUACUUCACAUUUCAGAAAGGACCCGUCGAUGAAACAGGCUGGAUCAUCCAAAAUGUCCUCUCCCUGCCCAUAGUCAACAAGAAGGAAGACAUCGUGGGAGUCAUGACGUUCUACAAUCGGAAAGACGCAAAGCCCUUUGAUGACUACGAUGAGCAAAUCACUGAGAUUCUCACACAGUUCCUUGGUUGGUCUCUUUUAAAUACUGACACCUACGAGAAGAUGAAUAAACUUGAAAACAGAAAGGACAUCGCUUAUGAAAUGCUCAUGUACCAGACCAAAGCUACGGCUGGUGAAAUUGAGUCUAUUUUGAAAUACAAAGAGAAAUUGAAUACAAAUAUUAUUGAAGACUGUGAAGAAAAACAGCUAGUUCAGAUUUUGAAAGAGGAGCUGCCGAAUCCAAAGGAUGUAGAACUUUAUGAAUUUCACUUCAGCGACUUCCCCAUUACAGAGCAUGGAUUGAUUAAAUGUGGGAUCCAGUUAUUCUUUGAAAUAAAAGCUGUGGAAAAGUUCAAAGUGCCUGUAGAGGUCCUUACUAGAUGGAUGUACACAGUAAGAAAAGGUUACCGAUCUGUCACCUAUCACAACUGGCGGCAUGGAUUCAAUGUGGGACAGACAAUGUUUACCCUGCUAAUGACAGGAAAACUGAAGAAAUAUUAUACUGAUCUGGAAGCCUUUGCUAUGAUUGCAGCUGCUUUCUGCCAUGAUAUUGAUCACAGAGGCACCAACAAUUUGUAUCAGAUGAAAUCAGCAUCCCCGUUAGCUAAGCUUCAUGGAUCUUCCAUUUUAGAGAGACACCACCUGGAGUUCAGUAAGACUCUGCUGCACGAUGAGAGCUUAAACAUCUUCCAGAAUCUCAAUAAGCGCCAAUUUGAAACGGUUAUUCAUCUCUUUGAAGUGGCAAUAAUAGCGACUGACCUGGCUUUAUAUUUCAAGAAAAGAACCAUGUUUCAGAAGAUUAUUGACGCUUGUGAAAAAAUGGAAACGGAGGAGGAGGUCAUUAAGUACAUAUCCGUUGACCCAACCAAAAAAGAGGUUAUCAUGGCGAUGAUGAUGACGGGGUGCGACCUCUCGGCUAUCACCAAGCCCUGGGAGAUUCAAAGCCAGGUAGCCCUCAUGGUUGCAAAUGAAUUUUGGGAACAAGGAGAUCUGGAGAGAACAGUAUUGCAACAACAACCAAUUCCUAUGAUGGACAGAGAAAAAGGAGAUGAACUACCCAAGCUCCAAGUUGGCUUCAUCGAUUUUGUGUGUACUUUUGUCUACAAGGAAUUCUCCCGGUUUCACAAAGAAAUUACACCAAUGUUGGAUGGUCUUCAAAACAAUAGGGUGGAGUGGAAAUCCCGAGCUGAUGAAUAUGAUGAAAAAAUGAAAGUGAUAGAAGAAGAGAAGAAAAAGCAAGAAGCCAACACAUCCCCAAAAGUUUGCAAAUUCAGCAUUCAAGAGGCUAAUGAGGAAUUCUCAGUUCCAUAA